GAUUUUAUUGCAGCAUAAAUAAGAAGGAAAGGCCAAAAACAACCUCUUCAGUUCCUUAGAAAUCACGUUUCUUUCUCUCCCAAUUAGCACUAUUUAUUGUCCUCUUCUCUUCACUCUGUUUUUUUUUUCUUCUUAGCAAUCCUUCCUCUCUCUCAAAACCUAUCUCAAUCCUUCAAAGUCUGUUUUCAGUGGCUUUUCUUUCUCUUUUUUACCCAUCUUUUUCCAUUUCUUCUGACCUCCUUCAGCUCUAUCCUUUUUUUCUGCACUUUUUGAAUUUUAAGGGUUUUGGUGAAUUGGAUAUACAGAAUUUUUAGCUUAGAAGCAGAGGAAAAGAGAACCCUUUUUUUUUCCCCCCCCUCUAAUUCUCUUGUUGACAGAAUCAGAUUUUGCGAAAUGGAAAAUUAUUGUGGUCUGGUUAAGGAAGAUGAUCAGCAGCUCCACCUGCCACCGGGAUUCCGAUUUCACCCGACGGAUGAAGAGCUGAUUACUCAUUAUUUGUCCAAAAAAGUCAUUGACAACAAUUUCUCUGCAAUUGCGAUUGGUGAGGUGGAUAUGAACAAGGUUGAGCCUUGGGAUUUACCAUGGAAAGCUAAAAUGGGGGAGAAAGAAUGGUACUUUUUCUGUGUAAGAGACAAGAAAUACCCAACUGGACUCAGGACAAACAGGGCAACUGUGGCAGGGUACUGGAAAGCAACAGGAAAAGACAAGGAGAUUUUCAGAGGCAAAUCACUGGUUGGAAUGAAGAAAACCUUGGUGUUUUACAAAGGAAGAGCACCAAAAGGAGAGAAAACCAAUUGGGUCACUCAUGAAUUCAGGUUGGAAGGCCAAUUCUCCCUUCAAAAUCUCCCCAAAAAUGCAAAGAAUGAGUGGGUGAUUUGCAGGGUGUUUCAGAAAACUGUUGGAGGGAAGAAAAUUCAUAUAUCAGGAAUAAUGAGGAGCAAUGAAACUGACAUGGGUUCUUCAUCACUGCUGCCGCCAUUGAUGGAUUCUUCUCCUUCUCCCUACAUUGGCUCGUCAAAGCAGAAUUUCUUACCAGGAUCCAGCAACGUGUCCUGCUUCUCCAACGCCCCUCAAAAGGGUCCAGAAGAUCUGUUCAUGAAUUACUUCAUAAAUCCUUCUUUCCCAAAUUCUUCCAACCCAAUGGAUGUUUUCACCAGAGGGUCUAUUUCAAAUGCAUUUCCAUGGGGUCAGGUUGGUCCAGCUCAAGGGAAUUACCAGUUUCCGGGUACAAUUCAGAGUCAGGAUUCUUCGAUUUUGAGGACUUUGCUUGAGAAUUGUGGGCAACCCAUGAUGAUGAUGAAACAGAGUUUCAAAACAGAGCCGGAAAGGAUUAUUAGUACUGUCUCACAGGAAACUGGAUUGAGCACUGAAUUGAACACUGAGAUUUCUUCGGUUGUUUCUAAUCUGGAAAUGGGUAGAAAAUCAUCAUCUGGUGAAGAUCAUGAGGCACCGUCAACCUCAGUUGGGGCUCAAGACAUUGAUUGUCUCUGGAAUUAUUGAAAUUCUUGACUUUGAAAAAUACCC